AUGUAAAAAUUAGUUGAUUUUAGUGAGCUAUAAACUUUACAGAUAGAUCAAAUAUAUAGUCUGUUUAUCUCACUCAUUGAAAAUUCAAAAUGUAAACCUGAUUCCAUGAGCUAAGGAUUUAUUUGCCCUCAUACUGUAAGCUGCAAUCUUGAAAUUAUGUAAUUUGAUGAUAAGAAAUGCAAUAUAUGUUCUAAUUAAAUAUUUCUAUCUAAAAAAACACAACUAAGUGGAAUCUUAUUUUUCCUUUUGGGAGGUCUUAAGGAAGGAUAAGGAAAAGUGGAAGAAUUUUAUCAAAAUAUAUAGGAUUAUUUUUCUCCAAUAAUAGGUAUAUUAAGUGAACAACAGAUAUUUAGAUCACUCUGUAUUUUGAUAAAUGAAACUGAAUUUGAAAAGAAACUAUCUAUGUAUGAGAAAAUUACAAGUUUGAAUGAAUAGAUAUAACCUAAAAUUUAUAAAUAUAAAUUAAAGAAAUUUUGUAUAGUGACUGUGGAUCCGAAUUUGGGAUUUUUAUAUCAGUAGAAUGAAUUAGAAGAAAUUACAUUAGUUACUAGUUUUAAAAUAUUUAUGGAAUAGUAUUAAUAGUUACUAAUAAACUUAAAAUUGAGUUUCAAAGAUUUUAAAAUUUGCAUACAUAAUUUAUUUUUAGGAUCUAAAAAUAAAAAAUAUCAUUAUUUGAAAUUUAAUCUAUUUUAUGAUUACCUUUGUAAAUAAUGCCAUUAGAAUAAAUUUAGUUUACUCUUUUAUGAAAUUUUAAUAAAUUAAAGUUUUCAAAGAAAUUCUCAAAAUAAUAUAUAAAGUCUUACAAAUGAUGUACAUUAAUUAAGUAAAAAUUAAAAUGAAGAAAAUGACUUUAUAGAAUUGUUUCAUUUAUUACAAAAAUAUUUAAAUAAUUAAGGAUAAAUGGCUUACUCUGGUUUUUUCACUUAAAACAUAAGCUUUUUUAGUAGGGACAUAAUGUAAUAAUUAAAGACAUUUUAAACUCAAGAUUUAUUAUGGUAAGGAUAUAAGAUAUUAGUCUAAUAAGAAAUCGUUGAACUUAUCGAAAAUUCAAUAAAUAAAAAUGAUACUAUUUGUAAUUCCGCUAAGAAAAAACUAUUUGAUUCUUAUUAAGUUUAAGUAUAAAUUAAAUUGAAAAUAGGUAUAACUUAUUCAAGCAUUUAACAAUUAUUAGUCCAUACCUAUUUUUGAUAAAAUAGUAAAAAAAUAUUCUGAUUUAAUUCAAGAUAACAAUUUUUAAUAAAUUGAUGACAUUAAUAAUUUAAAUUAAAGUCCAUUAUUAUAAAAGAGACAAUAAGAUUAUUAAUUUAUGAAAUAAUUUAACACCUUUACAGAUUAUAAAAAUGCUUGUAAUCAAAAAUAAAUAUAACCAAUUUUUUAAGAAAUAGAUUAUAGAAUAAUUAAAUAAUACGAAGAAUAAUUAAAAGAUGGAAUAAUUUAAUGA